AACGGCGUGUCAAAGUUCCGAUCAUUCGCUGUCGACGUAUGUUCGUCGCUGUCGUCGGUGCUCAUCGAUGUAGGUUACGGGAGGAAACGUGGAACGAUAGCAGGAUUAAAUCGUGAAGGUGUAACGAGCGAUAAAACCGCCGGGACGUACGCCUCCUCCCGCAGGUUGUGCGACGAUAUCCAAGUGCGAGUGAGAAGAGACGACGCGAGAAAGAGGGAGAGAGAGUGAGCGAGAGGACGAAAGUGCGAGUACAGUUGACGGGAUCGGUUCGCGCGCGCGCGCGCGAGAGAGAGGAAGAAGGAGAGAAGGAGAGAGAGGAUUCGUCUUUGGAGUUUUUGCGUGCGUGGUUCUGUGUACCUUGUCUAUCCUAACUCUUCUCGCCGACUCGGGAACUGUCAUAAAUGUACACGUUCUACAUAGAUUGCGCGAUUUAUGCUCGAUCGACGGGCCGAUCUAUCGGUGGCAAGUGCUGACUCGAGCCCGACUCGGCUCGCGCCAGUGAAUCGACGUUAAUAAUCGUCGCGCAGCGUUGCGCGUUGCACCUGUCGUCAUCGCCGUUGUCGUCGUCGAAAACACCAUCAUCGUCGUCGCCGCCGUCGUCGUCGUCGUCGUCGUCGUCGUCUCAAGAAGCAGCUAGCCAGCGCGGCGCAUCAAUCUAACGGCGAACCUCCUCAACGUAAACAGGUGAUCAUGGCGAAUCGGGGUACAGCUCAAAGGCCAAAUGGAUCGACACAAGGGAAAAUUUGUCAGUUUAAGCUAGUUUUACUUGGUGAAUCGGCAGUUGGAAAAUCAAGCCUUGUUUUAAGGUUUGUCAAAGGACAGUUUCAUGAAUACCAGGAGAGUACAAUUGGUGCUGCAUUUCUAACACAAACCGUAUGUUUGGAUGACACAACUGUAAAAUUUGAAAUUUGGGAUACUGCGGGGCAAGAGCGUUAUCAUAGUCUUGCGCCAAUGUAUUAUCGUGGUGCACAAGCAGCCAUUGUUGUAUAUGAUAUAACAAAUCAGGAUACAUUUUCACGUGCCCAAACAUGGGUAAAAGAAUUGCAGCGCCAAGCCAGUCCGAGUAUAGUAAUAGCAUUAGCUGGAAACAAGGCAGAUUUGGCAAAUAAAAGAGUUGUCGAAUAUGACGAAGCUCAAACGUAUGCAGAUGAAAAUGGCCUUCUUUUCAUGGAAACAUCUGCUAAGACGGCGAUGAAUGUCAACGACAUAUUCCUUGCAAUUGCUAAAAAGCUUCCUAAGAACGAACAGUCAGGAAGCGCAAGUACGAGUGGUCAAGGUCGUCGACUAGUCGAGUCGGAUGGGCAAAAGGCAGCAACCGGCAAUUGCUGCAAGUGAUUAUCUAAAUCCAUAUGUACUAUAAUCUACAAAGAUAAGUGCACUACAAGUGUGCUACGAUGAAUUUGAAAGGAGGACGCACACAACUUGGGAAAAGUACAGAGUGGGAAGUGAACUGUGUGGAACAUUUGCAAACAUUUUGCUAGAGUGAUUGACUAAGAGUCUGCGUCUCAAUGUAAUCGACGAUAUAUCAUCUAUUUUGAGUAUCAGAUCUAUUAAGAGGUGGUAAAGAAAGCUCCCAUUUGUAAUUCUAGUAGUGUAAUGGGCGGUGUU